UGGCCUCUGCGGCGGCCGUCCACAUAAAGAGAGCACAGAGGGCUGUGCUGUUUCUGCUACUCUGGGUCGUGGGGACUCCGCUAUUUUUGCUCUGUUCUGUCCUUGUAAGAGCAGCAUGUCUUCUCCCACCCAUCAGGCGACACAUCUUGUCUCUAGUACAGAAACAAGCAGACGUGAGGGCCCCGGGGAUGCUAACAACACCCGAGCAGUGCCUGCAACACUUGUACGAAAAGACAAGUUUUGCUGCCUGGAAAGGAGCCAUUUUUGUCAAGAUGUCCCGCCUAGAUGCUGAGGUGUUCGAAGGAGGCAAGGCGGUCGACUCCUCCCUCGUCAGGCUUGACGGGAGCUCCUGCAAGCUGCUCCAGUUCGCCCGGGCCGCCCGCCCUCUGGUCAUCAGCUUCGGCAGCAACACCUGACAACCGUUCACGGCGAAGGUGGACAUGGUCAAGCAGAUCAUGUCAGACUUCGCCGCCGUGGCCGACUUCGUGGUGGUGUACGUGGCCGAGGCGCACCCCACGGAUGGCUGGGCCAUAAGUGGACAUCUGUCGAUGGACAUCAAGCAGCACCGGAGUCUGGAGGAGAGACUGGCGGCGGCGGAGAUGCUGGCUCUGCACGACAUCCCCUGUCCCAUCCUGGUGGACACCAUGGACAACGCCGCCGCGCGGGCCUACGCAGCGAUCCCGGACAGGUUGUACAUCGUGUUGGACGGAGUGUGUGUUUACAAGGGCGAGCAGGGUCCGAAUGGCUACCACCCGGAGGAAGUGCGUGACUGGCUGCAGAAAUUCUCUGGAUAAAAUAGAGGGGCGGGCUGAAAUGUUGAAAUGUUGAAAUGUUGAAAUGUUGAAAUGUUGAAAUGUUGAAAUGUUGAAAUGUUGAAACGUUGAAACGUUGAAACGUUGAAACUUUGAAACUUUAAAAAUUUGAAACUUUAAAACAUUGAAAUUUUGAAAUUUUAUUGGGAAGGCAUCCUUCAGUUUGUUAUGUUAGAUCAUCUUCGUCUAAGAUGAAUACUCACUGGCAAGAAUAUAUAUUGGAGAUUCAUUUUAAAAAGCAAAGCCAUUUGAAUGACGUUCCGUAUGAAUUGUACAGAUGAAUGACUUAACGCAUUAG